AUGACCCUGGAGAGGUGUGAGAGGCAUCGUGGCCUCGACCUCCACCGGACUCAGAAGAUGUCCGCCCCGAGCAGCCCCAGGGACCCCGCCCGGGCCCGCGGCUCCACGGAGGAGGGCUCGCCCGAGCGGCUGUGGCCGGACACCGAGAGCGACACCGAGGAGUGCGAGCGCUACGAGUGGUCGCCCAAUUGCCGCCGACGCCCAGCGGCCACGCUCCGCUCCGAGGCGGCUGCCGCCUCCUGGCCCCUGGCUCCCGCUCGCGACGCGCCCGCGGAGGUGGGCUCUGCCGAGGCGGACGGCCCGGCGGCCGCGGGCGGGCAGCGCCUCGCGCGCGAGGUGGCCCUGCAGAUCCUCGCCACGGAGCCGCCCGGCGCGGGCUGGGCCAGCGACGCGGCCGCGCUGCUGGCCACGGCGCCCCCGCGCCGCCGCCUCGAGCAGGCGGCCACGGGGGCGGCGGCGCCACCGCGCGCCGCGUGCCCGCCGUGGGCGGCGGCGGCCUCGCCGCCGCCCGCGCAGCUCGUGCCCCCGCCCUCGCAGCUCGCGCUCGGCGCGCGGCCCCCCGCGGCGCCCGCGCCGGAGGCGCUCCGGCUGCUGGCCGCUCGGGUGCCGGCGCCUUUCUCGGGGUCGAGGCCGUGUCUCGUCGACACGAAAGGGAUCGGGAAACCACAGCCGCUGCGCGGCGACAACUGGCCCUCCUUCUGCUUCAAGUACAUGAACUUCAUAUCCAGCAUGUACCCGGCUGCGCGAGACCUCCACGAGUGGGCGCAGAGCCACGAGGACACGAUCCGAGGCAUCGAGGAGGCGAAGCAGAUCGACCCCGACGCAGAGCGCAUCCAGAACCAGCUGUACACCGUGCUGGCGCAGCUGGUAGAGGGCGAGUCCGAAGAGAUCGUGCGCAACUGCGAGAGCCACAAGUACCGCGGCUUCGAGAGCUGGAGGAGGUUGGCCCGGCGCUGGGACCCCAUGAACUUGGGGCGCAAGAGGUCCAUCCUCAUGCGGGUUCUGAACCAGCCAGAGCAGAAGUUGGAGAACCUCAGCAGCGCCAUCGAAGCAUGGACGCAGGAUAUCACCCGAUACCAGCAGAGGGCCAAGAAGACGAUUGACGACGAUAUCAAGACAGCCGUCUUGAUUUCCAUGUGCCCGAACCCACUGAAGCAGCACUUGCAGUUGAACCAAAACUGGUUUGACUUCUACGACGACGUCGUGGAAGAUUUCACCCAGUACCUGGAGACUCGCCGGGCCGGCCAGCUCGACAAGCCAGUUCCGAUGGACAUCGGCAGCCUACAGAAGGGCGCCGGCAGAGGCAAGAGCAAAGGCAAGGGCAAGGACGCGGGCAAGGCGUCUGGCGGCAAGGGCAAGCAGCCUUUCCAGGGCUACUGCAACAAGUGCUGGGAGUGGGGCCACAUGGGCAAGGACUGCACGAGCGGCAAAGGCCGCGACGCCGACAGCAAGCCAUGCGGCGUGUGUGGCAAGAAGGGGCACGCGAGCAAGGACUGCUGGCACGCGAACACGGGCAAGGCCAGCAAGGGCGCGCCGAAAGGCAGCAAGGGCGGCAAGACGAAGAAGGGCGGCAAGAAGGGGCUUCACGGCAUGGAGACGUCUGGGGACUACGAGGACCAGCCGGAGCCGGAAGUGGGGGGCCUCGAGCUCUGCGCGGUGGAGAGGGCUGAGCAGGGCAUUGGGCUGUUCGACGACAUCUUCCGGACGGCGCUCGAGAGCCUGGACAGCGUCUUCAGCGGAGUGGGAGACUCCACCCCCGAGCCGCCGGCAGUCUGCGCGGGUAGACCCGCCGACGUGCCGGAGUAUGAGGUGAUAGAAGCAGCCGUGGACAGCGGCGCCGGAGUCACCAUCAUGCCAGAGGAGAUGUGCAGCGACCACCCUAUCGAUCCCGACGGGAGCGGCAUCGAGUACAACGCAGCAGGGGGCCAGACGGUCACCGACAAGGGCCAGAGAAAGUUGCAGGUCGUGACAGAGAAGUGGCAGCAACGAUCCAUGAAGAGCCGCGUCGGGCCGGUCCGCCGCAUGCUGCUUGCUGCCAGUGAUCUCGUGGACCACGGGAACCGGGUUGUUCUCCAGAAAAACGGUAGUUACGUGGAGCACAUCGGCACGAAGCAGAGGACACCUCUCAAUCGCGCCAACGGGAUAUUCCUCAUGAAGUUGUGGGUAAAGAAGAACAGCGCGCCUAAACAGCAAGGCGCCGAGGCCGCAACGAACCCGAUGGAGAUAGACCAGAUGAUCGCAGCGCUCCAGAAGCUAGAAAGCACCGGGGGCACGCAGGUGCCCACGGGGAGCGUGGUCGAGUCGAAGGUCGCCGAAUCCAUGGGUUUCUUCCGGCAGGUCCCGGUGGAGGAGGAGCUCAGUUGUAAAAUCUGCACUCCAAUGAGGUCGCCCUGCGACCCGACACCGAAAGAGGUGGAGGAGCACGAAGCGUCGCAACACUUGCCGUUUCGGUCUUGGUGCCCAGACUGCGUGAAGGGGCGCGGGGCAGCGACGGCCCACGCAGACCUCGCAGCAGAACUAGAGCACGCGACGCCGACGAUCUCCACUGACCACUUCUUCUUGGGUGGUUCUGACCAGCAGGCACUCGCAUGCCUGGCGAAAGUGGACCACAAGACCCGCCUAAAGACUGCGCGGGUGGUUCCCCAGAAAGGGUUCCAUGAGGCUGUAAUAAAGCAGGAAGCCCGUGAUAUCAAGAACUGGGGAAGGACGAAGUUCAUAUAUAUGUCAGACCAAGAGAGCCCAAUAACCGCAAUGAAGGACGGUGUGAUCGCCCAGCUGGGGACGGACUUCGAGGUCAUCCCAGAACCCUCUAAGGUUGGAGAGUCACCGGGCAAUGGCACGAUCGAAAGAGCCAUACAAGCCAUCUCUGGGAUGGUCAGAACCCUGAAGGUGGCGACAGAGAGAGCGUUCAAGAUCACUCUUGAUCCCCGGUCGAACAUUCUGCACUGGCUGGUGCAGUUCGCUGGUUUCUCGUUGUCCAGGUACGAGCAGGGCGCCGACGGCAGGACGCCGUACGAGCGUGCAAAGGGCAAGCGUUUCAAGCUUGGCCUCCCAACCUUCGGGGAAAAGGCGGACAUGAGUGGUCAGAAGACGACCCUGCACCACACGGAGGGAUGCAGGAGGCGCCUGGAGGAAGCAAUCGGGAGAACUGACCAGGGCAAGAAACGCCUCCGAGAGGCCGAGAAGCCUUGGCCGACCAUGCCCGGAGACAGGUGGAGGCCCAGCAGCCCGAGCAGGGCGCGGGAAACCCCGCACCUGCGAGCAAAGCACCACGGGCUGGCAGAGUCGCGGGAAGCACCGCACCUGCCGCGGCAGCAGGGCCGGUAGCAGGGAGCGCGGGUAGUUCCGCCCCCGCUUCCGGGGCCCAGCCGGCAGACGCCGACAUGCCGCAACCAAGCUUACCUAUGGCAGUAGACGCGGGUAGCACCGCCCCUGCCAGUGUCCCGGGCGGCGACGCCAUGCCC